GUCCCUUUCGCGGCACGUGAGGUCGCUGUCGGCUCCCGCUCCGCCGCCUCCCGAUCCCCGGGGGCCUCCGAGGCCGCGGAAGAAGAGGGCGCUCGUGUCUCCCGCGCCGCGCCAGAGGAGGGAUGGCGGCCCUGUGGAGAGGCUACCAGAGACUGAUGGCCCGGCACCCGUGGAAGGUGCAGAUCGGCACCGCCGGGACCCUGGUGGGCGUGGGAGAUGUGAUCUCCCAGCAGGCGGUGGAGAGGAGGGGGCUGGCUGGGCACAGCAGCCGGCGGACCCUGAAGAUGAUGGCUAUCGGUUUCUGCUUUGUGGGUCCAGUCAUCGGAGGCUGGUACCACGUCCUUGACCGCCUGGUGCCCGGCACGACCAGGGUGGCUGCGUUCCAGAAGAUGCUGCUGGAUCAGGCCGGGUUCGCCCCCUGCUUCCUGGCCUCUUUCCUGGCUGUGGCAGGAGCGCUCAAUGGCCUGUCCUCGGAGGAGAACUGGGACAAGAUCAAGCGGGACUACACGGAUGCCCUGAUCACCAACUAUUACAUCUGGCCGGCUGUGCAAGUGGCCAACUUCUACUUCGUCCCCCUGAACUACAGGCUGGCCGUGGUCCAGUGUGUUGCCAUUGUCUGGAACGCCUAUCUCUCCUGGAAGGCCAACCAGCUGUGACCGGCGGACGAGACUCAUCCAGACUCCAGCCCCUCUGCACCCUACUCUUGUCAUCCACUACGGUCUUGUCUAGCAGUUCUGGGCCCUGUGCCCCCACCUGUCCCAUGACCAGGGGGCCAGGCUGCUCCAUGCACACCCCCUCCCCAAUACUGGCCCCCAAGUGGCAGAGAGGAGCCUGGAAGCCCUGAGAUAUUGUUGGGCUCCAGGCCCCAGUUGCUCCCAGUGGCUGUGUGGCCCAAUUGUCAGGGGUGGUGGGAGCUGGAGUCCAGCCACAGGUUCACCCCCGAUGGGCCGUAUCUGUUUUGGAUGGUCUCUGGCAAGGGAAGCCCCCUCUGCCUCGACACCCGGCUCCCAGGCAGCACCUGGAAAGCAGCACCAGCCACACAUGAGGGUCGAGGAAGAAGAAGAAGAGUUUGGAUUAGAUAUCCCACUUUAUCACUACCGGAAGGAGUCUACAAGCGCUAACAUUCUCCUUUCCCUUCCUCGCCCACAACAAACACUCUGUGAGGUGAGUGGGGCUGAGAGACUUCAGGGAAGUGCGACUAGCCCAAGGUCACCCAGCAGCUCGAUGUGGAGGAGCGGAGACGCGAACCCGGUUCCCCAGAUUACGAGUCUACCACUCUUAACCACUACACCACACUGGCUCAUCCUGUGUCAUUGGGAGGCCCCAGGGGUGCUGUGACCCCUGUCCCCCCCCCUCACUUGCCUCCUUUGUCAGUGGGGAGAAACAGGCAGACUCGUCUAGCCCAUCUCUUGGCUCUUUCCCCAGGCAGAAUGCAUGGUAGCCUCUUGUGUCAAGUGAGGGGGCAGCCCGUGAGAGACCAGCCUUUUAUCAACUGGGCACAACCCUCAAAGCGCUCAUCACUUUACGUGGCUUCCAAAAAGUAUUCAGCCACUGUAUGAAGGAGAAAGGUCUAUUGGGGGCCAUUUUGGGAUGGCUGCUUGGAGCUUCCAUGUGCAGUGACAGUCUACCUCAAUCCUCGUUGCUAGGGAAGGGAAGCAAGGGAGGACACCUGGCUGACCACUGUGAUAGACUGCAUCUAUAGCCCUUUGUGGGCUUCUCUGACCUUCCUGUGAAGGAGGCUAUGGAGCGGAAUAAAUCCAUUGUGAAAAACAGUGUCUUCUGUCUUUGAUGCCGGCACACGGACUCAACUUGAGUCUCAGGACGAGGGUCUCUCAGGCCCAGGAGGUGCCGCGCGGCCUCUGGAUGAAAAGGUGGGUCUACAGCAAGGGUGUUUGUGUGGCCCCAGAGGAAGUGAGGAACAGGCAAAG